AUGGCGUUCAAUCACGAGAACCCUCCAUGGCGGCGCAGAUCUGGCCACGAGAGCGAUACAAGCAUGGAAACAAUGGUUAACUUCCCGCAAGCGCAGUCCGUUUACAACCCGAGCAUAGGAUUGCAGCAACAGCAAAACCGCUUCAUGAUGCCGCCAAUGGGUUUUCCGCAGCGGCAGAUUUACUCACCCACGGUACAGUAUCCUGCUGCCCGCACUAUGGAUGCGAUCAGGUUCCCAAACCAGCCGCCAUCGCAACUGCCGCUGUCAUCGGUGAAUCAAAAUGCGACGGAGUUCAAUCCGAACAACCGCGUAUACACCUGGAUUGGUACCGUGACGAAGACAGAUAACGACUGCGGGUUCAUCGACGAUGAGGUCUUUUUCCUCAAAGGUGCAUGCGACAAAGGGAUAAUUCCGAAGGUGGGUGAUCGUGUGCUGGUGGAUGCCGAGUACCGUUCCUACAUGCUAUUCAAGUGGACCGCGUUACGAGUGCAGUUGUGUCUGUGCCCAACCAACACAAGCUCCACGGUCAACAGUGCUGGAAGAUCGCACGAAGGACUAUCUUAUAAUACUAUGGCGAGCGGUUCGCCAGACAUCGAAAAUCGAUCUCGUAAUCGUUACAGUCCAACUCAUCCCGACCGACGGGCACAACGCGCUGCUAACCCACGAUCGAGCAAGGAGCAGUUCGACAAAGCCGUGCGCCAACGUGGCCGUGAGGUACGGGACAAGAGCGAUCAGCAACGGGAGCGAUCUUACGAACGUCGUGAAAGAGGGCGCAGUCCGCCACGCAAGUCGUCCCCGAAACGCAAGCGUGUUCGCUUGGGUCCCCGUUAUAAGGUGCACGUGCCGAAAUAUAUUCUAACGAUAAAAUCUGUGGAUGUGCUGGAAAUCCGCCGGCGAUACCACAAUCUCUACAUUCCGUCAGACUUCUUCGUCUCGGAUAUACGCUGGACGGAAUCGUUUCCACCCGGUGGAAGCUUCUCCAUUCGCAACCAAUGCCCGUUCCACAUCAUGCCCAAAGGCGUCGAUUCGGCAGAGCGGCAGCUUGGUCCUGUGCCCGCGGACUUAGAUCCAGUCGAUGCCGACUACCUGUAUAGUGCAAAAGUGAUGCUCUUAAGUCAUGCCGCAGAGUUCUACGAGAAGUGCUCUUCGAAGACCGAGGACCACGACGGCGUUGAGGCCGACUACAUUCACCCUAGCCGACUUAUCAGAUUUCUCGUUGGUACGCGUGGCAAUAAUGAAACUAUGGCCAUCGGUGGCCCUUGGUCACCGUCGUUGGACGGGCUAGACCCGCACUCCGAUCCAAGCGUGCUGAUUCGGACGGCGAUACGCACAUGUAAAGCAAUGACAGGAAUCGACCUUUCCAUGUGCACCCUCUGGUGCCGCUUCGUGGAGCUCUUUUACCGUCGCUCCGAAAUCCUGCAUAAGGGUCAGUUGAUUCCGCCACGUGUGGAAACGGUGGUCAUAUUUCUGCCCGAUGUGCGCUCCUGCCAACCAACGCUCUCGGAGUGGGAGCGAACCCGGCUUUGCUACAAAGCUGACAUGGCCCACGUCACUAACCGUAGCAGCUCCGUUGACAGCGGUUCCGAGAAAGCGAAUCCGGGUAUUGUUGAACGCGAAACUCAGCAUGAUGCAGCAGCAACACGAGGUAAGUCACCUGCAGCUGCAGAAGCAACAUCAUCUUCACCGUCGUCGACGACGGUAACAGUCAUACCGGUGGUAGCUGUAGAUCUGAAUUCUGCCAGUGCCGCCGAGGACGCGGACGCAGUGGCUACGAUUGUAACUCCCUCAACAGCCGGUGCAGCAACGCCAUCAGAACCAGCAGUAGAGUCAACAACAGAAACAGCAAACGCUACUCCAGAGCAGCAGCAGUUGAGCACGAAUAACACCUCAGUAGCGCCUUCAACUGUGCAAGUCUCGGAACUAGGAAAUGUGCUGAGCGCAGAAACAGAUACGACUGACCUACAGGCCGACCGACCUAAUCUGCACACCGAUGGCGUUAAAGCUAUGUUCCUGUCGAGUCUACCAACGGUCGAGCCUACCAACACAACGAAAACUGAUGAGCUAGAGAAUGACAUUAUAAGCCUGUCCGACGAAGAGAGUUCCAUCAAGCCCAGGGAGCCAGUGACGGUAACCAAAGAACUAGAGGCUGCUACGCUUGGCGAAAAAGUGCGUCCGCUGCGCGACAGAGGCUACGUACUGCCGGAGAAACCGCACAUUAUUGUGCACCCGUCACGUGUGGCUAAGGCCGGCAAGUUUGACUGCUCAGUUAUGUCGCUCUCGAGCUUGCUGGACUACCGCCCGGAGGACACGAAGGAGCGCUCCUUCGAGGUUUCAUUGUUCGCCGAGUUAUUCAAUGACAUGCUGGCUCGCGACUUUGGGUUCACCAUCUACAAAGAGUUAUGUCUGCUACCUGCUGCUGCGAAAACGGAAGUCGAUCAGAAGGACGGCCCCGCUGACGGUACAACUUCAAGCAUCGGUUCGGAAGGUAACGGCAAGUCAAACGGGAAUGAUGCGCAAACGCGCAGUAAGCGUUCAGCACGCCACUGUGACGAGGAUCGCAGUGAAAGGGCACUGGCUACCGAAGCGAACGCCAAGCCGGAUCUUAUGCUCUCGUUUCUCUAUUUCGACGUUACGCGAUGUGGUUACAUUUUUGAAAAGGAUGUAGAGGACAUCAUCUUCACACUUGGCCUUAAUCUUUCGCGUUCCCAAAUACACAAAAUAGUGGCCAAAGCUACCGUCGGCGACACGUUGCAGUGCCGUCGAUUGACGGAACAGACGAUGGGCGGAACAGAAUCCGAUCGUAAAAAGCUGCAAGAUGACGCAAGUGGUACUGCAAGUGAUGCAGCACAAACAGACCUUGACGAUGGUGCAGAAAAAGCAACAUCGGACACGAUCGUGGCCGAACUAGCUUGUGGUAAUACGAACUACAGGAUGCAACUUAAGCAAAGUCUCGAUCGUAUAGCAAACGAGCCGGGUAGCGCGAAACAACGUCAAUCUGGGCAGAAUUCCACGGAAUUUGAGAGGGGAAGCAACGAGGAAACAUCGGCCAUACAAAGUGGCUUCGUCGAAUACCAGGGUUCCAUCAUUGAUGUCGCGAAGCUGCUGCAGCGACUAAAACGCUCGGAUGAAACACUGGCCACUACCGAGAAAAUGUUACAGGUUUCCCGGAUACAAAACACCGAACUGACUUCCAACAAGAACCGUGCCAACCGUAUAGUAAAGGAGUUGUUUGCCGAAACGAACAGCUUGUACAAUAAGUUGCUCGACUCUCGGCGAAGUGUGCUCAGGCUUUCGAUGCAAAACCUUGCAUAUUACACAACUCUGCAAUCCGUUCACGGCCGUGUAGGGGCUGUGAUAGACACAUCGAAUCGCGACACCGCAGACACGUCCGCACUCGGCCGGCACUAG